AUGAACACGCUUGUUGCGAAAGAGAUCAACGACGAGAACGUGGAAGCGAAUGGUAAGGGUGGGCUAUUGGAUGUGAAGGGGGCCAAGGGGGCCAGGGGGGCCGAUGGGGCCAAUGGAGCCAAUGGAGCCAAUGGAGCCAAUGGAGCUAAUGGAGCCAGUACAGCCAACACAGCCAAUACAGCCCAUACAGCCAAGACAGUCAAUACAGCAUUGGUGAAUAGAGGACUCAGGACCAGACGCGCAUUGGGGGUGAUUUCUGAGUCCGAAUUGAAUAGGCGAAGUCGAAGAGAUGAUGAUAGGGAGCUUAAGAUGGAUGAACUGGAUCUAGAUGAGCAAGAACAAGAGGUUCCAAAAGAACAAGAGCUCCCUGGGUCUCAUGAAGAUCCAUUUUCGGGGAUGUCCCGACUAUCUCAAUCGUCCAGAUCAUCUAAAUCAUCACAGUCAUCAUCAACAGAGCAGCCCAUGACACCAAUAAUGAACCAGAAAAUCUAUGGAGACAUUGCCAGAGCAUACAAAACGUACUCAAAGAAUAGCCUUGAUCCGAAUGAUGAGGAUACGUACGAUAUUACGAUGGUUGCUGAGUAUGGAAACCAAAUUUUCAACUAUAUGCAUAAACUAGAAGCCAAAUACAUGCCAGAUCCUCGAUAUAUGGAGGACGUACAGACCGAAUUACUGUGGGAACAUCGAACCACGCUUAUGGAUUGGCUGGUUCAGCUUCAUUCACGAUUUAAUCUACUUCCCGAGACACUAUAUCUGUCUGUGAACAUAAUUGAUCGAUUUCUAAGCAAACAGGCGAUUUCUUUGUCACGGUUUCAGCUUUGUGGAGCUGUGGCGAUGUUUAUAGCGGCAAAGUACGAGGAAAUCAACGUUCCUACCGUUUCACAGAUGAUUUAUAUGGUUGGAUAUCAGUUUUCCAGGGUGGAAUUUCUGAAAGCAGAACGAUUCAUGGUGGAAGCACUCGAUUUUGAGUUUGGAUAUCCUGGUCCCAUGUCUUUUUUAAGACGUGGUUCCAAAGCUGAUGAUUAUGAUAGUGAAAUACGUACACUAGCCAAGUAUUUCCUGGAAUUUACUGUUAUGGAUGCCCGUUUUGUGGCUUCACCAGUUAGUUGGCUAGCCGCGGGUGCUCAAUAUACCUCGAGAAAGAUGCUUGGUAGAGGAGAAUGGACAGAUGCUCAUGUUUACUAUUCGGGAUACACUGAAGAACAGUUAACUCCACUUUACGACGUGUUUGUAGAGUGCUGUCUUAAGUGUAAAACCCAUCAUAAGGCCAUUUUCGAGAAAUAUAGCGAGAGGAGGUUCAAGAGAUCUGCCAUAUACGUGCAGGAGUAUCUUGAGACCUACUAUGGGGCAUGA